UUUUACUCUAGAAAUACACCUUGGAGGGAGCUUUGUUGAUGCAGGUGGUGGGCAACACAAAUACAUUGGAGGUGAAGUUCAUUGGCUUGAAAAACUUGAUCCCGAAAAGACUUCAUGGUUGGAGCUCAACACAUUUGCUUGGAGACUUGGUUAUAGGGAACCACCAGUUCACUACUGGUUCAAGCACCCAUAUUUAUCAUGGUACAUCCCCGUAAAAGAUGACAAAGAUGCAGCCAAGAUGAUUAAAUCUAUGCCAAAAAAUAGAAUUGUAGUAAUUUAUUUUGUUGGUGGAGGUGUUAGGAGGGUAGAGGAAGCUGUGGCAGAGUUAGAGAAGGAUGGCUAUGAGGAAAAAAUACCGCACAUAUUGUUCAAGCCAGAGAUAAUUAUGGCUAGACUAAGGGCUAUCGAUGUUGGUCCGAGUUCUUUUGGUCGUACAAGUGCAUUUGAAUAUCCAAUUUCUUAAUUGAGUGAAGGUUCAUUUGGUGGUCUAAGUAGUCAAACAAUGGGGCAUGGUGUUCUUCACCCUACUGAUGGUGAGCUACAUGGAACAUGGUGUUUGUGAGAUGCUUCCAAGGGUUAAGAUGUGCACAUCUACAUUUCUUGCAAAAGAAUACGUUAACCACUUCAAGGCAGAUCCCUAUAUGUCCAAGAAGUUGUUUCAAGAAUUGGUGAAUGAAGAUUUUGGGCAGUCUAUUUCACACAAGCAAGUGAUUAGGGCUAGAAAAUUGGCAGCAGAAAUGAACUCAGGAACUGAGGCUGAACAGUACAACCUACUAGAAAGUUACGUUGCUGUGUUGAGGGAAACAAACCCUCACUCAACUGUGAAGAUGAAGACAGAGAUGGAUGGAGGUGUUAGGAAAUUCAAGAGGUUUUAUGUUUGCUUUGAUGCGCAGUAAAAAGGGGUUGGAAGAAGGCAUUUAGGCCAUUCAUAGGACUUAAUGGGUGUCAUAUCAAGUCUAACUAUCCGGACAACUACUUUCAGCCGUAGGCAUUGAUGCAAAUAACGGUAUGUUUCCUAUUGCUUAUGCAGUAGUUGAGAUAGAGAAUAAGGAAACUUGGACUUGGUUUAUGGAAUAUCUGGUGGAAGAUCUUGAGCUAGAUCAUGGGCCUAAGUAUGUGUUUAUGUCGGAUAAGCAAAAAGGAUUGCUUGAUGCAGUGGAACAAAUGGUCCCUGGUUCUGAACACCGGCAUUGUGUGAGGGAUCUUCACAAUAACUUUAAGAAGAAGAAUCCGGGAAUUGAGUUGAAGAACUUACUUUGGGCAGUAGCAAGGGACACACUAAUGGUCUGGUACAACAAGCACAUGAAUGAGAUGCUAGAAGCUUCAAGUGCAGCUGUAAAAUGGUUGGCUGAUCAUGAUGGACCAGAACACUGGAGUAGAUCACACUUUACUGAGCAUUGUAAGUGUGAUAUGCUUCUCAACAAUACGAAUGAAUGCUGGAACUCGGUCAUUGCAGAGUGUAGAGACAAGCCUAUUUUAGUGAUGUUUGAGUGGUUGAGGCAAAAUAUGAUGAUAAGGCUGAACAAUAGGAGGGUUGCAGGUAUGAAGUGGAAGGUUAAUAUUGGCCCAAGGAUUCAGAAAAUAAUUAAGAAAAAUUCAGAAAGAGCUAGAGAAUAUCAAGCAUUCAGGUCUGCUGACUUUGUGUUUGAAAUUCAUAGGAGAGGUGGAAGCAUUCUGCAAGUGCAACAUUCAGUUGAUUUAGCCAAGCUAACAUGCACAUGCAGGAUGUGGUCAUUGUCUGGUCUGCCAUGCCCACAUGCAAUAACAUCAAUUUGGGUUAAAGGUGAUGACCAUAUUGCAUAUGUGCAUCAUUAUUAUAGCAAGCAAGCAUACCUUGAUGCAUAUUCAUAUGCUAUCAAUCCAGUUCCUGGUAUUGAGAUGUGAAAGAUCAUUAAAGCUCCAGUCCAGCCUCCACCAUAUAGAAGACAACCUGGGAGACCAAAAAUGGUGAGGCACAGAGAAGAAGGUGAGGAACCACCUGCCGCAAGUGAAGCAAGGCCAACCAAACUUCCUAGGACUAGAUAUGUGACAAUGAGUUGUAAAGUUUGUGGAUCUGGGGAUCACAACAAAAGAACUUGCCAUAUUGAACUUGCAACGAAGGCAAAAGGAAUUGGGGGACAAAAUAGUGGAGUUCCUGGAAAUGUAAGGGUGAAUGUGGAUAAUCAGGGAACCAGUAAUGUGAAUGUGAGUGUUGAAAACAAGGGUGUGCUAAUAAUGUGAAUGUACAAGUACAAACAGCAGCCGCACCAAAGGCCAAGAGAGCACCAAAGGCAUCAAGGGCACCUUCACCAAGAGUACUUAGGAGGGGAGGUCAUACAUUAGCAUAUGUUGCCUCUUCUCAAAGGUCAAGUAGUGCUGCCCCUGCAUCAUCUUCUCAAGCAACACAGGCAUCACUUGCAAGUAAAAGGGCAACAAGACAACCUGUUAAAAGGGCAAUAUGGAAGAACUAAUUUUGUGCUACCUCCAUUUUUGCUUUUGGAUCAUUAAACAUUUAAAUGGUCAAUGCGAGACCUUUUGUUAAUGAUAUCAUGGUCAAUCUGUGACCUUUUAUUG